AUGCGGGAUAAAAAUGGCGAUUUUGACAUUGGGAGUAUGAUGUUGGGAGGGGGAAUAGAUCCGGGAGGGGAUUUAUCAUUUGGGGCUGAUGAUGAGGAUAUGGUUGGAGUUGAGGGAGAGGAAGAGAGAGAAAGACAACGCCUAAAUGAUUCGAUAAAACAUCAUCAACGAGAUCGCAAUCGUGCGCCGAGUGAACCCGCUGAAUUACUAGAAGCAGUACGGAAUAGUCUACGCGCGAAGACGGCUGCCUUGUCAGAUGAUAAUUGGAUGUUUGAAUCGGAAAAUGAAGGGGUUGUUCGAUAA